CGCCGGAGAGGGAGAAAGGAUGGGUGGUCAGACAGGUCUGCCAGCGACAACAAAAGCGUUCGCUCUCAAUCAAGAGGUCGAACGUUCACAUUGUCCAGGGGGGACGCUACUUCUAAGAAACAUCACAAGUCAGAUAGCGGGAGCUCCCACAAGCGUCCGAAAUCGUUUGACUUUGGGAAACCGUCGACGGCUUCCAGCUCAACUGUGUCGCUGCCCGCCACGGCGCACACGGACCCGUCCGCAGACCCUGAGGAUUUCAUCCACUACCUCCGAGAAGUGCAAAAGCCUGAAAUCGUGGAAGUUGGAAAGAUGCACAAGCUCCGUUUGUUGCUUAGAAAUGAGACGGUGAGCUGGGUCGACGCCUUCAUCUCCGAUGGCGGCAUGGACGAAGUCAUCCAGCUCUUGUACCGAAUCAUGAAGGUGGAAUGGAGAGAGGAACACGAAGACAAUCUCCUCCACGAAACUUUGCUAUGCCUCAAAGCUCUCUGUACGACAUCAUUGGCACUGAAGCGGCUGACGACGGUUGAAGAGGAACUGUUCCCGGCUUUGCUGAAGAUGCUCUUUGACGAGGAGAAGAAAGGCCCCAGCGAGUUCACUACCCGGGGGAUCAUCAUUAAUCUAUUAUUCACCCACCUUUCAACAGCAUCUCCCGACGAGAUGCCAGCUCGGGCAUCCAAGAUUCUGUCUUAUCUCCGGGAUCCCACACCAGAGAACCAGCCUCUGGAGUUUAUUGCUAACAUGUACCAGCCCCGUCCAUACCGGGUUUGGUGCAAAGAGGUCACCGGCGUUACCAAGGAGGUGUUCUGGAUUUUCCUGCAUCACUUGAACGUGAUUCCACUUGUUCGGAAAGACGAUGGGUCUUCGGAACAGCAAGAAAGUUACUUGAAGAGGCACUUCCCGGCCCCCAGGCCCCCAGUUCCCGCAGCACCCUACGUGGGAGGAGUCGAAUGGGACGCCACCAACUAUCUCGCUGCGCACCUGGAUCUGAUGAACGGACUCAUUGCCAGUCUGCCGACCUGCGAGGAGCGGAACGCUCUGCGGGAAGAAUUGCGGGCGUCGGGCUUCGAAAAGGUCAUGGGUGGCAGUCUGCGGACGUGCAAGGAGAAGUUCUACUCUGCGGUUCAUGACUGUCUGAAGACGUGGAUUUCAGCCGCAGCGGAAGAUGGCUGGCCGUACAGGUUUGUUCGGGAGGGCCCUGAACCGGGCUCACCGACCAAGUCGCCAGCCAAGAGCGCGAGUCCGAAGAAGAACCGCAUCGAGGAGCCCCCGAAGAUUUCCCUUGCCAUGGAAUUUGAGAAGGACGAGAAAGAGUCCAAGCUUGAUAACGAGCUUGGCGGAUGGCUAUGA